UUUAUAAAAGCUUUGUUCUCAACGGCAAAAUGUCUAAACUUGUCCAGAAAUAGUUUCUAUUGCUAUCGUUACAAGGCACCGCCAACUUCUGCUUUCGGACACUGCCACAUUUAUUCCCAAUAUCUACGUUUAUUUGGUCAUAAACAUAGUUUUAUAUUUCGUGAUUGUUUAAAACUCUAAACAGACUUUCAGUAAAAACAUGGACAGUCCAGGAACUAGCACGAUGAAUACAAAUAAUCUGUGCAAAUUAUGCAACACUCGUCCCAGAACAUACACUUGCCCACGAUGUGGCAUAGCAUAUUGCAAUAUUGAUUGCUAUAAAUCAGAGACUCAUCUAGAAUGUUCAGAGAGUUUCUACAGGCAAUGUGUACAGGAGGAGUUAGGAUCAUACGAAAACGAUCCAGAAGAUAUGAAAAAAAUGAUUGAAAUCCUUAAAAGGGUACAUGAACAAACUCUGAAGGAUACUGAUUUAGAAACUGAUGAUACAAGUGACAAAGAAUAUGAAGAAGAACUAGAAGAACAGUUAGAUUCUGAUGAUGAGGAUGAUGUACCAGAUUUAGAAAAACGGUUACAAAAUGUGAAUUUGGAUAACCCAGAUGAGGUGUGGUCCACAUUAACAGAUGCUGAGAAACAAGAAUUUGAAGCAUUAAUAAAGAAUGGUGAAAUAGAGAAGCUGCUACCUCAAUGGGUCCCAUGGUGGACUUAUCACAUGAAAAGAAAACUUGUACAAGAGUUGAAUCAACAAGAUUCUGAACAAACAAGAGAAUAUCCUUCCUUAAUAGAUGUUCCAAUAUUCAAUGAGUUACAGAAAGCCUCUCCAAGCGUUUGUUUUAAUUUAACAAACGUAAUUUACGCGUACGCGUACAUAGCAAAUUACUAUAAUGGUGAUUAUUUAAACUGUCCAAUAGAAGCUACAGUCGUCUUUCUGGACCUCUCUAAUAAUAUGAAACAAAACAAAGUGUAUGAAAAUGAUCUAUCAGCAAUAGGUUCUGUUGCUCACAACAUUGCCAAGUGUAAUUGGUUGCCUCAAGACGAAUUAACGUUAUCAGCGUUCAAGGAAGCUGCAGAGUUGAUAAUGCAAGGACCGGAAGAAGGAAAUAAAUAUUUUUACAUCGCUAUUGCGCUUUCGGAAUUGCACAGACUGUUUACAGCAGCAAAAGUAGAAAUAUCCAAGCAUAAAAACGAAGCUGUAAAUAAAGAAUUCUCAAAAAAGUUUGCGCAAAGGUACAACAUGGAUAAUAUAAAUCUGUCAAAGAAGGCUCUACUUUUGUAUUGCAAGAAGCUGGAGUACUAUUUAUCGUGGAUUAAAAGUCGUCAUUUAAGUAUCUCUAUGUAA